AAGACGCGCCAACCUAUAAAGAAGACUUAGAAGCAAUAACAUACUUUUAAAGUCCCACAAAGCUUCAAGCCACAAACCCUUCUCAACAACGAGGCCUUCUUCUUCUUUAUCGUUUCUCUUCCUGCUCCAUCUUCAAAGUCAUCUUGCCAUCAUUACUUGUGCCUUUUCGGCAAUCCAUGGCUUUGUCGAACUUAAAGGCCCCUCGAAUCAUGGCUUGUAAAUCUGGUCCAGUCAUGGUGCCCUUGAACAGAGUCAUGGUGCUUGGGAAUAGUCAACUCCCACUCAGAAGAGCACCUGCUAUGCGGAUCAGAUCUAGCUUAAAAAACCAGGUAACCAAACGAAUUUUAUCAAGCUCGUGUAAACGUUACGGAAGUCCAGUUCCUGUUUUUGAGGAUCGGGCCGAGGGUAUAAUCUGUUACAGAGACGAGAAUGGGGAGAUUAUCUGCGAAGGGCUCGACGAGGGCCCGAGAUUCCAGCCGAAGAUCUUGAGAGCAGAAUAUCAUCCCAGAUUCAGAGAUGCGAAGAUCAUUGGCCAUCUCCAACAGAACUGGAUUCAGCUGGUCAAUGGGCGUGAAGUAUAUGAAGGGGGCAUCGGACUCAUGGCGCAAGAGGGCUUCAACUGGAAUGGUUUCAAUAGAUUUCACUGAUCGACCGCGCUAACAUGACUUUCCGAGAAUAAAUCAGAUCCAAACUAGAUGUGCUCUACAAUGUACAAACUCCAAUCCUGCGUUGUGAAUAGUCAACUUUCUUUGCCCAGAAGGUGAAUUUUGUCUCUCAAGUCUUGAUUCAAGAAGUGCUUUUUCGGGCCUUGACACCUGAUCAAUGUGCGUAUCGGAUGAAGGCGUGGCAUUGCAUGAUCUCAUCAGCACGAUCAUCGGUACAGUCCGCGCGACCCAUGGUCAAAUUGGUUAUGCAUUUCAUUUGCAACCUCAAACUCUUGAGCUAUAAAAAAAGUGUAGGGACGGUAGAUACGACAGACAUGUUGCCUUUUGACUCUGAUCACCUGUCGUUGAUGCUAUAUAUGCAGAAGCAUUCACCUUCA